AUGGGACAUCAAAAAUCAAAAUUUAUUUAUGAACAACACACUGUAAAACAUAAUAUGUUACUGGCACCUCGUCAAAUUCUAUACAUAUGUCAACAAACAAAUUUAGUUGAUAGAGAAGUUCAUCGAAGGUAUGCUGAAUUUUUAAAUAUUUGUAAAGAUGGACGAAUGAUAAAAGAACAAUUUACAACUGUUUUACAAGAAAUUUGGCCAACAGGCAAUGUUGAAAAAUUUUCUAAUUAUUUAUUUAAUUUAUGUGAUAAAAAUGGAAGAGGAUUUAUUGAAUUUACUGAAUUUAUAAUUCUUAAUUGUCAAUUGAAUAAUGAUAAAUCAUAUCUUGGCUUUUUAUUUGAUAUAAUUGAUAUCCAUAAGGAAGGAUAUUUGUCUCGAGAAGCAAUUGAACCACUUUUUGCUUCUAUGUUUGAACUUAUUGGUCAUCCGCUUGAUGAACAAAGUGGUGCUAAUAUAUCUCAGAGGCAUAUUACUCAUUUAAUUCAAAUGGUUGAUGAAAGUAAGAAAAAACGAUUAUCACGUGAACAAUUUAUGAAUAUGGCCGAUACGGAUUGGACUGAUCAAGAUAAUGGAAUUGGUACUUUACUCUUCGAAUAUUCAUGUUGA